AUAGAGGAAAAUGAAGGAACAAAAGGAAAGGUUGGCAGCCCUGAGUGACUGAGUCCGUAGUGCAACGUCAGCUGUAGUAAACACUAGCACGGCCCUGGCACCUGGCGCUAAUUAGUGGCUCCCUGCACUCCCUCACUCACCUGGCGCCCUGAUAAGCAUAAACACAGAACAUCAAGAUGGCUGAUGGAGGAUUUGACCCAUGUGAGUGUGUGUGGAGCCACGACAUGGCCAUGAGGCGACUCCUCUCCCUGUUGCGGCAGUCUCAGAGCUACUGCACAGACAAUGAAUGCUUCACAGAGUUGCCAGGGCCAAGAUCCUCUAUCAGUGAGAGUGGCAUGGAGAAUACGAUGCUGCUGGCUGUCAUGUGGACCUUCCUUGCUUUCUUCCUCUUCAUGAUGCGUCCCAGCUCCCUGCGGUCCAACCCCGAUGCCAAGCCUGCUAACAGUAACCAGGACAAUGGCGCUCCUCCCUCCCCCCCUACAGCCAACUAACACAUGUGCUGCCCACUUGGCUCCGGAUUCACCCUCAACCCUAAGUGACCUUCGUUCCAUGUAAUAUGUUUCUCAGACUUUCCAGAUUUACAGCAGUAUGAAUAGGGUAAGAAAUCUGCAUAUUUUUUUGUUCAUUAUUUACUUGUCUGUACUCCUUUAGGUUUGAUGUACAUCAAACUAAAGGAUGAGGACUUUAGAAUCUUGUAAGAAAGGUUGGAAUGCUGUUUUUGACUGCAAUGGUGCCCAGAACACGGUGUGGCACAGUGCCAGGUUGGGCAGUGGCAAGCAUUCCAUUAUCACUAACAAGGUUGUGAUAGCGCAGGUUCUUUUGGCACUACCUGUACAGCAGUUCAGGAUACCAAGAUGUCAGUUGUUUUUGAGAUUUAGUUAUGUGAAGUGAAACUCAUCUGCCAGCUUUAAUAAGAAACUAAGACGUGUACUUAGUGUCAUCUCUCACUCCCGUGAAGACUUUAACAGUGGCGCUGCGCCGGGCUGCCAAGCUCCCUGCAGGCGCCACACUGCCACCCAGUGCUUAGUCCUCAGAUGACUUUAAAUUAAAUGAAAUUUAUAUAUGUUAUAGUUAUUUUGUUACUGCACUAGACUUCAUACACUUUGAUUUAUAUUAAAAAUUUAUUCUCUUCUUAUUAAUAUAAGUUAUCAAGAUCUUGACUAUAUUUAUAUGCAUAACAUAAACAAAGGAUUUUUUUUUUUUAAUAUAUAUCUAGUCUACCUAUAUUAAACAUAAACAUGAAAUAUCCGGUGACCAGGCUCUGUUGGUCUGAAGUAAUAUAGAUUUCUACAAACCUCGGUGUUAAAGGUUAGAAGUACCCCCCCCCCCCCCCCCCAUGCUCUGUUCGAGACAAAACUACACCCCCACCAGUACCCAGCCCAGGACCAGCACCCCCGACUCAGGGCUGCUCAAAACUCACUGGCAUUAUUCAGCAGACCUUACCUCCCUCUCCCAGUACUGUGCUUCAUUAAUAUUCUUUUGUUUGUUGAUAUAGUGUGUGAAAAGGGGAAUUUUCCAUAUGGCUAAGACGGUCAAUACAAGCUAGAGUACUUUGGCUUAUGCUGUUUGAGGGUGUUUAUAUAUAUUCUUUGGAACAUUAUUGAAUUUUUUUGUGGGUUGGAUUUGUUUGCUGGGGUUGCUGCUUGAAAUUUAGUUAUUGUUGACUUGAUAACUUGCAGUGGUACAGUAUGAUGAGCCUAUUAAAGAAUACUUAAACAGACCAGCUUUUUCCAGAGCAUAUAAUGAAUGACAUGCUUGAUCUUGACAAAGUUUACCUUCUGCCAAUAUGGUGCAGAGGUUGGUUACUGAAUGCAUUGAUCUGUAAGCUGCUGCAAUGUUUCUUAAGCUUCUGGAGUGGCUACCCAGCUGGCUAUUGGUCUUUCAUUACUAGAGGAAGAUACUGAAAUAAAUUGUUAAGUAUCAGUGGCUUCAUACGUUAACUUUUGGGUAUUGUGAAAAUGGUGAAUAAAAACAUGGCGUUCAGGUUGUCUAGCAGGUGAAAUUAAGCGCAUUGAACAUUUAGCCGAUUUUUGAAGUAACUCUAAAAGCAUCAGUAUCUACAGUACUUCCUGUUUCAAAAUGUCAAUACUCUUAUGUCAUAAAAUAGUUGUAAUUAGUUACUUCAGUGUCUGAAGUUGUUUGUAGUAUCUAUAUAUUGCACAUAAGUUACAUACUUCUUACUGUCUUCCUAAUUUCACCUGCUCUAACAGUCACCCUCAAUCAAUCAUAUACUAUAUAGGAAAGGUUUGUUAUUGUCUUGAAAAUUCAGUUUGCACAAAUAAAACCUGAAUAAUA